AUGGUAACCGAAAGCGGUUUAAUACAGCCUAGGUUGGGUUCUCCCUUUGAAAUGGCUCGCCCCUAUGAUUUGCUAUCGUUUUUAAAACAAGAAACUCGAUGGGAUGAAAUUGUCACCUCAUACCAUGAACUCUCAAAGAAACAGGAAUAUUUAGACAGCCUUUGGUCAGACAUAGAAAGAGAUACAGAUUUGGGUGUUGAUGUUGGAAAAGAUGAAAACUGCAUGAGAGCGGGUCCUCUCAAUAUGAUUGAUUGGUACCAUGUACCAUUAGAAGAUGGAACAAGCAAGAAUAUACCUGAAGAAGAAUUCCUGCUUCCUGGUCACUAUGGCCCAAACACUGAUGUACCUGAUUGCAAAAAGAUAUCUUCUCUUACAUUCAGUAUGUUUGCUUAUGAACACUUAAAUAGUAUGGUAAUGAGAAAUAACAUUUCUAUUACACCGGAGUAUCCAUCAUUGGAUAUUAUUUCUCCAGGUGCUUCAGUUGAACAGCUAGGUCAUUGGUUAGCUGGUAUACUGAAAAAAAAUAGCUCUUCGUGGUUGCAUUAUAAUUUAGCGGCAUUGUAUUGGAGAAUAAAAGGCAAUGCACCGAAAGCCCUGGAAUGUUGCCGGAGAGCUGUGCACUAUGCUCCUAGGCAGUAUAAGGAUAUAGCUCUCUUAAAUUUGGGAUCUCUUUUGUACCGCGCCAAAAAAUAUGCUGAUGCAAUUACAAUAUUAAACGGAGCACUUGACCAUGAUUCACACAAUUCUAUUGCGCAUUUUGUACUUGGAAACAUUUAUACCUAUUUAGGCGAGUUCAAUAUAUCACUCGCACAUUACAAAGUCUCAUUGGGGCUUAAUCCCAAGAUGGAUAUUGCUAAGAAGCAUAAAUAUGCUACUUUAUGUCAUGUACAUUUAGGUGUAAGGAUAAGGAAACUAAAAGUGAAAAUAGACAAACUACGGGAGGAGUUAAGUGAUUAUAGUCUCAGGGAGUCGAAUUGGAUUAAAACACAAAGUGAAUUUUUAAAAACAAUGAAACCUAUUGAAGCAUAUGAUUAUAAAAAUGUAGAAAAGAACUGUGUCAAAAUGUCCGAAUUAACGGGUCUACAGAUAAGCCAUUUAAAGGCAUCUGGCGACAGAUACUCGCUCAUAAAAUAUUUUUUUGAUGGACCAAUAUACAACGAUAGACUGUUGGAAGUGAGCGGUACAGCCAACUUGGAUGCAAUAUACACUCUACAGAGGAUUGUUAGUCACAUUCAAAGGCAUGCUAAUAUGGCGCCAGAGAUCUUUGUUCAUUUAAACAAAGUGACGGUGGAUGAUGGGAAAAGUGUUGAUGAUGCGACGUUAGAAGACCGUAACAAAAAGUCCCACCAAUCUUUAGCAGAUGAAAUAAAACAGGAAGUAAGAUCCUCAGAGCCAGAGAAGAAAACAAACUCCAAUGAAGAACAAUUCACUGAAUAUGAAACUGGCAUAUUCUUAUAUCCACCUACCUUAAAGAUAAAUAGAAAUGAAGAGGACUUCGACAAAGAAACUGACUGGCCUUCGGAUCACAUGUGCAUCAGCGCUGCUCACACCUUCCCGGAUAAGGUAGAGGCUGUGUAUCCUGUCUUUCUGCCUCUAGAAAAUAAGGGAAUUAGAGUGAAGGCACUGCUCACAGAUAAAAUCGGGGUCCCCUCCAGCGAGGAACAUGAGUUGCCUUGGCAUCCGCCUAUUUGUCAAAGCGAUAAGGAUGGGAGAAAAUCUUAUAAGCAACAGUUGGUAACUGAAGUGGUAGAAAGUGAUCUACUAAGGCAGAAGUUACUGGAAUAUGUUACGGAUGGAGAAAUAGACAAAGCCGAGCAUAUGCAGGACGCUGAGAUUGGACAUCGGAUUUUUGUUGCUAUGAAGAAGAGGAUCGCGCCCAAAUGGAUCACACAAGUUCUAGCGUCGUUGUACUGGCGUGUGCGAGGAAAUAGAGUGAACGCAUUACACUGCCUCCAAGCUGCUCUCAAAUGCGUUCAACCCAAGUACAAAGAGGUUGUACUUGUGUCCCUGGGGUCUGUGUUUAUCGAGAUGGGGUGCUUUGAGGAGGCUGUCACCGCUACUGAAGAAGCAAUCAGGAUGAAUUUAUAUGAGCCAGCAACAAACUUUCUCCUAGCAGAGCUGAAUAUGAUAAAGCGGCAUCGACAGACCCACAUGUUCCAUCUGAAGCAGGUGGUUCGGGUAGAACCUGGAUUUAUGAAGGGUUUAGCUAGGAAUCUACUGAACGCCUGGGCCUGUAUUAUGAAGCAAGUUAAUAAGUUUCAGGUGAUCGAUUUCAGCGAAGGCGAUAUAUGUACACAAGUGGAGCCGGGAAUCAACAUGGUGUGUGAAAAAGGGGGUGAAAACUGUCACAUGACUAACAUACAGUGUUUCAGCAGCCAAGAGAGAGCCGAUACAAGCGUAAUGAUGAAGCUACUUGAACACAGCGACGAAACGCAUGAAUCGAAGGAUCUCAUGAACGACAAGUUUUUCGACUUCGUCGUAGAAAAUACGCCGUCAGACAGGACUGAUAGACUCACGCAUCAAGCUAAUUACGACCAUAUGAUGAAGGGCGUGGAGACUGCAUUACAAGGAUGUGGCCCUUUGGGUUGCAAGAGUCUGCAACCAGCUGAUUUAGCAUUAACGGAAGAGGAAUGCUCACACCAUUUUGUACAGUUGGGAUAUUGGCUUCACACUUCACACAUUGUCAGUUUUAAACAGCUCUUCACUGAUUCUAAUUUAAGACUACCAUCGGACAUAGUUACGAUGACACCAUCGAACAAAAAGAUCCCAGAGUGCAAGCUGACCAUGGAGCCUUUAGAUGACUUCUAUUUGGAGCGCCUGAGUCGAGUCGACACGGAAGGCUGGCAGCCCAUCAUGACGCUCACGCACCAGUUUGCAGAACUCUUCAAUUACUUCGACUACGUCACCCUUGGAGCAAAGAUCGCGAAGUACGUGGAGACUAGGCCGACAUCGUGGGUGGGUGCCCUUAGUGCAAGUUGGUGGUGCGGCGCAGGUGGGCACGGCUCUUGUGCGGUCCGAUGCGCGGCGCUGGCGCAUACCUUGGCUCCGCCCAACUAUGCUCCUCAGCCACUCCGCGCGCUCGUUGCUCUCCUGCACAUGCAUUCAAAACAGCGGGACGCUAAAGAUGUCGCCUACCUCUCUUUCUACGCGUCACCGAAGAGUAAGAUCGAGUCGUUUUUAGUGGCGGUAUCGCAUACUUACCUCGAGGAAUUCGACCAGGCAGUAUGGAUGUAUCGAUAUGCACUGACAUUCGACGAAAACUUCAAGCCAGCUAAGGCGUGCCUCCACGCCACAAUGUGUCUCAUGCUUUUCGGAGACGGAAGCAAAGGAGAAACUAAAAAAUAA